AUGGAUUUAACUCAAAUAUUAAUAACGCUAGAAAACUUAUAGACGAUCUAAAUUUUUAAUGUUUCUAUGGAAGAUAACAUAGAAUUUUAAUUUUUAUAAGUUAAUAACUUUGAAAGUCUUAGCAUAUAAAAGAAUAUCAUUUAAAUUGAAGACAGCUACACUUGCUUAAAAAAUCAUGUUUUCUCAAAUUAAAAUUAGUCAUCUUUAUAAGGAAUUUUUAUUAGUAAUAUAUAAAGCAACUAAAACAAACUUUACUUCUCAAAAAAUGCAUAGUAUUGUUCACCCAUAUCAAUAAAUUCAAAAUAAGAUUUAUAAAUAUUAAUCUCUAAUGUAACCUUUUCUAACUACCAGGUUUAAACUCUGACAAAAUAGAAACCAAUCGGACAAAUUGCUUUAGGCUUCUAUUUUUAAUCUCCUACAAUAACUGUUGUAUUCAAAAAUUCGAGUUUCAUUAAUUAAGAUUUAAAUAGUCCCUUUAGUUGGAUAUUUGGCUAGGUGAAAUAGGUUCAUAUAUUUGACUCUAAUUUCACCAAUCCUAUUCUUUAAAACUAAUCAGUAAAUUUAGAUAACUAAAAAAAUGGAGGUUUCGUAUUUAUUUAAAGUGAAACAUUCAAUGCUGAUAACUCACACUUUUUUAAUGGAUAAGCAUUAAAUGGAGGAGCUUUAUAUUGGAUUUCAUAAAAUAAAGGAAGUUUAUAUUUUAAAUUCUGUACAUUUAGCAAUAACAUUGCAUAUAGUAACACAGAUUUAGAAGCAAAAGGUGGAGCUUUAUACAUAGAUGGGUAGCAAUCUUUGGGUUAUGAUAUCUUUAUUUACUAAUCAUCUUUUUUAUCUAACUUUGCUUCUUUUAAAGGCGGAGCCAUACAUAUACUAACCUCUAUAAAACCAAGGAGUGCUAUAUUCAUUGAAAAUGUUGUAUUUAACAAUAAUUUUUCACUAUAAGGUAGUAAUUUAAACAUAGAUAGUUCUACUGUUUCAAAAACAAUUGUUGUAUUAUAAUACAUUAAAUCAUUAAAUUAAAUAGAGGCGAUGAUUAAUUCAUUUUUAAAUUUAAAUCCAUUAUUUACAGACAUCUAUAUGAGUGAAAUAAGCUCCACUAGAAAUUCUUUAUUUUCAAUAUAAAAUACUUAAGAAAUUUAAAUAGAGAAUUCUUAAUUUAAAAUUUCAUGCAAUAAUGUUGAGAAUAUUAGUUUAAAUUAAAUUAAUAAUUACAUAUUUUAGAAGAUCCUUUUUGUCCUAAAUACUUAAUAUUACUCAGAGUUAAAUAACAUUUAUAAUGAAAGUAUCUUUUUAGAAAAUCUUGUGACAGUCACUUAAGCAAUUAGUAUAAAUAUUUAUAAUAACACAAUAAGUAACAAUAACAAUAUUAACAAUACUUUAACUUUACCUAAUUAAAAUAUCCAAAUACAAAAUGCAGUCUUUUUUUAAAGCUUAAAUUGUAAAAUUUAUAAAUUAAAUACAUUUAACAAUAAAUGCAAUUCUUGUUCUCAUGGCACAAUUUAAAUUAUCUCUUAAGAAUAAAUAAUUUUAGACUCAAUAUUCGAAAAUAAUGUGGCAUAAUUUGGUGCAGGUUUGUAUGCUUAGUAAUUCUAAAAUACUCAGUAUUAAUUACCCCCAAUAUUUAUCCAAAACACUCUCUUUAAAAAUAAUAAAGCCAUGAUUAAUGGUGGAUCAAUAUAUUUAAAAAAUAGUUCAAUGCUCAUAAAUUAAUCAACAUUUGAAAGUAAUAUUGCAAUGUUAAAUGGUGGUGCUAUUUAUAUCGAAAAUGAAAAGUAAUAGAUCUUAAAAAACUAGCUUGAAAUAACAGACAAUAUAUUUUUGGAGAAUAUGUCCCAAAAUGGAGGUGCAAUAGCCUCACUCACAGGCUAAAGUGUGAAUAGAUACUUAAACAAUACUUACUCAUUUAAUAGGGCUAACUAUUAUGGAAAUAAUAUAUUUACCUCUCCAACAUAAUUAAAUAUUUACAUUAAUUAUAAGCUGCAAUAUUUUUAUUCUUCUUAACAAAUAGUACUGAUUAGCAAUCAUAUGGGAGGAUAAAUUUAGGAAGAUAUAAUUUUAAGAUUGUGUAGUGAUUAGAAUUAAGAAAUUUUGAAUAUUCCUAAAUAUAGCUUUCUUUAAAUAGCCAUAUUAGAAGGAAAUGGUUACUUAAGUUAGAAUAAAAUUUAUAGUUCAAAUGGUGAAUUUAAUUUAACUCAGUAAAUUAAAGUUUAUGGAAACUUCAAUUAGUAACUUAAGCUCUAAGUUACAAGCGAUUUAAUUUUAAUUCCCAUAUUCAAUUCAAGCUAAUACUUAAUUGGUUAUCGAAAUUAUUCAUUAAUUAUUGUUAUAGAUAUGGCUCAAAAUUGCCUAACUGGCUAGAUACCUAUAAAAUUUGAAUAAAAUUAUGAUUAGUGUUAAGACUGUAAAGAUACUUAAUAUAGCUUUAGUAUAGCAAACUAAUGUUAAUCGUGCCCCGAUUCGUCAGUUAAAUGUUAUAGAGAUAUGAUCUUUUUACCUUCAAAUUUAUGGAGAGUUAAUUAAUAAUCAAUAGUUUUAUACCCAUGUAAAAAUUGUGUAGGAGAUAUUCAAAUUAGUUAAAUAGGAUAAACUGGCUAACUUUCACCUAAACACUAAGAUAUGAGUUACUAUUGCAAAUAAGGAUAUGUAGGAGCACUUUGCGAAGAUUGUGAUAGAAGUGGAGAAUAUUGGGGUGAAGCUUAUUUCAUGAAAUUGGACUAAAAAUGUUCAAGCUUAAAGAUUGAAGGAUUAAAUUAACUUUAAGAUCAUGACAAAAGUGGUUUACUUAUUACUUUACAAAAAAUUUUAUGGUUACGAUACCUUAAAUGUGUUUAGUGUAAUCAAAAUUUUGAUCUUUUAAUCAUCUUUAAUCGGAAUAAUGUUUUUUUAUGA